AUGUGGGGAGAUGAUACCGUUCGCCCUCAUGAACAAAUAAAAGAUUUCAAAUCAGGCGCCAUGGCAGCAGGAAAGGAGUUCGGUCUUGGCUGGUACGAUGGCGUGAGCGGUUUAGUCAUCCAGCCCUGGAAAGGUGCCCAGAAAGAAGGUCCCAGCGGAUUCAUUAAAGGUAUUGGCAAAGGCAUCGGAGGAUUUGUAAUGAAACCGCUCGCAGGCUUCAGCGGUGUCCUCAGUCAUACGAUGAAAGGGGUACAUAAAGAGGUGCAGAAGCUAUUCGGCAGCAACAUUGAGGACUAUCUCGUCGCAUCUAGGGCAUCUCAAGGAUACGAGGAUUGGCUGCAGAGCUCUGAUGCAGAGAAGCAGGACAUCAUCGAUCGGUGGACACUAAUCAAAGAAUGCCUGAAAGAAAAACACGACCCUGACAAGAUAAUGCAAGAUAUUUUAAGAGCCCAUCGACUGAGGAACAUAGAGCACGGGGCAGUCAGGCACAGCUGUGAAAACACCGCGAGCUCUGAUCACGCGAGUUCUGACCAACGCUCUAUCAACAUGGAUCUUGAGGAGUCGCUGGUAGCUUCCGUGAUCAAAGAAAACGCCCAAUUGUCAGCCCAUGGGAGUUUACGUACAAAUACGCAAGAGAAUUCUAUUGUCGACCAGGUGACUGAAGACGACGCUUUCCAGCUCCAGCGUCAACAAGAACUCGCAGAUUAUGAGGCAUAUCAGGAAGAUUUGCGCCAGGCGAUCGUAUCAAGCGAAGCCGAAGCUCGGCAACAUGAAAGCGAAAUCCUGGAGUACAAUGCACACUUGAAGCGAGCCAUGGCGCAGAGCCUGAGGGAAGAAAUACAAAAGGGUUGCCAGAGGGAAUGGGCAUUUGACAUGACUUUGAGCAACGAAGCAGGAAAAGAGCUCAAGCGAACAGAACAAGAAUGUAAGAUGGCAGAGAAGGGUUUGGUCGUUAAGACAGAUGGCCCAUCAAGCACCCAGGAAGAUAUUUUGGUUGAUCAGGGAAAUUUCGCGGGCACCAGACGAACGGAAUUCGAGGGGCGACAACAGCCACAGCAGGGAGAGAAAACAAGGAAAGAAAAGGAAGCAGAAGAGAUCGUGCUGGAGUACGUCCGAAAGCAAAGUCUUUUGGAACAGGACCAUCAGAACAAAGGCAAGAACCGUACUAACAUUAGCGAAUUAUAG